AUUAGAGUGAUAACCUAUAUAUCCCUCGCGGAACUAUCAAAAGGUUUCAGUCAACCAGUCCCCAAUGAAACGUCUGCUUGUACUGCUCCUGGCUUCACGGAAACUUACAAAGCCAACAUACAGUCGCCGAACCAUGGCCAACCUCCUUUGUACCUUUGUCUGAACUUAAUCACGUCAAUACCAGUGGUGUGGGAGCGAAUGAAAUCCUUUAAAGUUUUACGUCAUAUCCGACAUAUCUGGCAGUAAGGUGAGAUAUCCCUUGUGUUGCAUAUACUGCGAGCCCCAGACACGUGUUUCGCUAGAACAGAGCAGACGUGUGUUGUCGUCUGCUCACAAUUCGAUUCAACUAUUUAUUGUCAGUCGUAUGUAUUACUGUUAAAAGAAUGGGCAACAAGUCUAGUAGUACCUCCUCGGAAUCUAUCAACCCGGCAGUGCUUACCGUUAAAGAAGCUCAGAGGAAAUACUUGGAAGAGAUAGAGACGAAGUUCGAAUCUGAAUCUGAUUCCGAUCUAGAAGCGGAUGAAGAAAGCAGUUGUGACGAGUCAGAUGGAAUAAAACUGUUCAGAAAACGCAAGUUUUACUCUAUGUUAAAUACAGUUGACAGGAAGGCGAAGAAAAUCGACCCAUCGGAUUAUACCUUUCCUUUCGAGAACAUCGUUUUCGAAGGCGGAGGGAAUAAAGGACUUGCAUACUGUGGCGCUGUUCGGGUGCUGGAGGAACUUGGGAUUUGGCCACAGAUCAGGAGACUGGCGGGUGCCAGCGCAGGGGCCAUGACGGCAACGCUGUUGGCUGUGGGGUACAACUCCAAAGACAUCGAAGGCUUCCUCAGCCAGGAUUUGUCAACUGUGUUUUUAGACCACCAGUGUGGGUACUGCAGUCUCCUACCCAACUUGAUGAGGGGCUAUGGCUGGAACCCAGGCAAGAAGAUCUUUCAGUGGUUCGGGAACCAGUUAGAAGCAAAGACUCAAGACAAAGACAUUACCUUCAAGCAGGUGCUACAGAAGUAUGAGAAAGAGCUGUGCGUUGUAGUGACCAACCUGAACCAAAUGAGCACCGAAUACUGCCACCCCAAAACAACACCGGAUAUGCCUGUUAGGCAAGCAGUGCGCAUGUCAAUGGCAAUACCAGGCAUGUUCAGAGCCCCUAGGUAUAAACUACAUGGCGUGGAGGAUACGUUUGUGGAUGGCGGGGUCCUCUGUAACUAUCCCAUACACUGCUAUGACGGCUGGUGGCUGUCGAUGAAGAACACAGACAGCUUUAUCCAACGACUCCAGCCACUCAGUGCUCUCACCCGGCUCUUCGACAGGAGCGAGAGGUUCGGUGAAUUCAACGAUAAGACACUAGGAUUUCUUUUGUAUGCUGACAAUGAGGAGGACGUGCUGAGGUACCAGCUGGAGAAGAGGAUGGGCGUGGAGCUCCAGGAUCUCCCGGACACUAAACUGGCCAGGGAGAAGGUGAAGACGCGGCAGCUGCAGCUGAAAGCGGACAGGGAGCACAGGCGUGUUGUCAGGGCUGUGGACGCCUUCCUCCAGGUUCUUAAACGUCAUAAUGUUGACUGUGAUUCGACAAUCAGCCGGGACGAACUAGAGGCAGCACUUCGUGACGAGGCCACCUUCACCAGGACGCGCCGAAGACGGAUCUUCGGGGACGUCGACGACGACACCAUCCUUCAAUAUCUGGACCGUGAUGGGAACGGAAAUAUCACAUACAACGAACUCAUGCGGUUUAUGGAAGAAACUGGGAUCACACUGCAGACUCGUUUCCUUGGUUACGACAGGAAGGAAGUCAACAACUUGUUCAACUUCUUCUCGACGCUACAGUCUACACUACUAACUAAUGUCAAGAGGAUAUAUGUAGAGGAAAGGGACAAAGAGAGGAGUGUUGGGAUCAACACUGGUCACGUGGGCACUACAGACUUUGUGCUGGAGGAUGCGGACCGGGAGUUUAUUGUCGAGCGGGGCAGAAGGUCCGUCAUAGCCUUCCUCAAAUACUAUGUCGCCAUCAACGACCCACCAUUAAAGCGCCUGGCCACCAUCGAGGAAGGACUGGUUCUACGUUCACAACCCCCAAUACAACCGACAUCAGCAGCCACGGUCGCCAGUGCAGUCGAUCAGGACCUCCCGUACAUAGACGUGACAAUAUCUGGGCCUAAGGAUCCCGCCAGUGAAAUGGAUAUAUCCUUUGAGGAGAAAGUCCCAAUUUUGAACCAGUCCCACGGCACAUGAACAACAGCCCAGAAUAUUUCCGACAUGUUGCUCCACACAAGGGACAAGAGCUACUGCUUUUUGUUGGCUUCUGUGGCCUGCCAGAGGAUGCAUUAACACCCAUCCCAGGAAGAAUGGAUGAAUGCACGCUGCUUUACAUCGUAUCAGUGGCAUUACUAUUGGCGGCGAGAAUCACAAGCAGUGAUAGGGUUACAAUGCAGGCCAGAUUGUAUUUAGCAGAACAGUUGUGUUCAUUAGGGAAGGACUGCAGCUGGAUAGGAAUGGGUUUUGCUAAAAGAGGCGUAUGAAGUGUUUCAAAACGAGCAAAGUAUUUGGUUAGAAAACGAGAACGUGAUGAAACAUGAUUUUGCACGGCGAGUUUUAAUGACUUGGUAUGUAUCGACAUUGGCUAGUAUUGUGACAUUACUGAUGAGGCAUGCUGGUUCUUUCAGCAAAGUUGUUAUGCCAUGAUGUUUUCAUAUGUGUUGAGCCUAGCUGAACAAUGUAACGUGCUUAGUG